CUACCCGCGAGUCGUAGGUGCCCAGCGUAACGGCGUUGGCUGAGCGGCCGCUCCGAGGAGCGUAACCGUGGCCAUGAAGGAAGAAAAGGAGCACAGGCCUAAGGAGAAGCGAGUAACCCUGUUAACGCCCCCGGGGGCCACAGGCAGCAGCGGCGGGGCUUCGUUGGAAGGUGCCAAAGGGGACGAUAAGCAGGACCGCAACAAGGAGAAGAAAGAAGCUCUAAGCAAGGUGGUAAUUCGAAGAUUACCUCCCACUUUGACCAAGGAACAGCUUCAGGAACAUCUUCAACCUAUGCCUGAGCAUGAUUAUUUUGAGUUUUUUUCUAAUGACACUAGUCUGUAUCCUCAUAUGUAUGCCAGAGCAUACAUCAACUUUAAAAACCAAGAGGACAUUAUUUUGUUCAGGGAUCGCUUUGAUGGUUAUGUAUUCCUUGACAAUAAAGGUCAGGAAUAUCCUGCUAUAGUAGAAUUUGCACCUUUUCAAAAAGCUGCAAAAAAGAAGACUAAGAAAAGAGAUACCAAAGUUGGGACUAUUGAUGAUGAUCCAGAAUAUAGAAAAUUUUUGGAGACUUAUGCCACAGAUAAUGAGAAAAUGACAUCUACUCCAGAGACACUGCUAGAGGAAAUAGAAGCCAAAAACAGAGAAUUAAUAGCUAAAAAGACAACCCCACUUUUGAGCUUCCUGAAAAACAAGCAGAGAAUGAGAGAAGAAAAGAGGGAAGAAAGAAGAAGGCGAGAAAUAGAAAGAAAAAGACAACGAGAAGAGGAGAGAAGGAAAUGGAAAGAGGAGGAGAAAAGAAAAAGGAAAGAUAUAGAAAAGCUAAAGAAGAUAGAUAGAGUUCCAGAAAGAGACAAAUUAAAGGAUGAACCAAAGAUUAAGGUACACAGGUUUCUGUUACAAGCUGUGAAUCAGAAAAAUUUGCUCAAGAAACCAGAAAAAGGAGAUGAAAAAGAGUUGGACAAAAGAGAAAAAGCCAAGAAACUGGACAAAGAGAAUCUGAAUGAUGAAAGACCCAGUGGGCAAAGUUGUAUACUGUCCAAGCAUUCUGAAGGCGAAUUUAAAGAUGAAAAGCCAAAGAGAUCUGAAGAUGAGAGUUGCAGAGACUAUAGGGAGAGGGAACGAGAUUAUGAACGAGAUCAGGAGCGCAUUUUCCGUGAGAGAGAGAGACUAAAGCGGCAAGAAGAAGAGCGCCGAAGGCAGAAAGAGCGCUAUGAGAAAGAGAAAGCUUUUAAAAGAAAAGAAGAAGAGAUUAAAAAAGAGAAAGAAGCACUUCGUGAUAAAGGAAAGAAGAAUGAAAGUACAGAAUCAAUAGGCAGCUCAGAAAAAUCUGAAAAGAAAGAGGAAGUGGUUAAGAGAGACCGCAUAAGAAACAAGGAUCGUCCAGCAAUGCAGCUCUACCAACCAGGAGCUCGAAGCCGAAAUCGACUUUGUCCCCCUGAUGACAACACCAAGUCUGCAGAUUCAGCCACACAAAGAAAGGAGGAAAGUGGUAUUAGCCAUAGAAAAGAAGGAGGAGAGGAGUGAUAAGUUCACAUGGUCAUAGGUGUCCUGACUGUGUAGGCAGCCAAAGAGCACGUAUUAAGCAAUCCAGAAGUGCCUUCAGGGCAAAGGAAUAGAGAGAAAGAAAGGGGGUCGCUGUGCUGGUGGGAUACACUGCAGAGGAGUAUGUUUUGUGUCAAAGCAGGAAUCUGAUUGCCGGCUCAGAAUUGAAAAUACAAUUUCAUUGUUUUUGCAAUUUCUACAGAUUAAUUUUAAA